AUGCUUGCCGAGAAGAACACCACCAUGGCCAAUCCAACCCUCAAAGGACACAAGCUCCUCAUCCUCAACCCUUUUCCCACUCCCGCGUCGUCAUUUGACCCCCUCAAGGAAGCCUUCCCAGACCUCGCGAUCCAGCAUGUCGCGGUCGACUUCCAAGAGAAAGAUGCGCACGCCAAGGUCUCGGACGAGGAAUGGAGCAAUGUGACCAUCCUCAUGACGGGCAGCGCGCUGCCCAAAAUCGACAAGGCGCCCAAGCUGCAAGUCGUGCAGCUGCAGAGCGCGGGGUCGAACCAUGUCCACGAGAACCCCCUGUACAAGGAGACAAAUGUCACAUUCUGCACCGCGAAUGGCGUCCAUGGGCCCCAGAUUGCCGAGUGGGUGAUUGCGACGUUCCUGGCGCACCAGCAUCACAUUCCUGGCUAUCUUGACACGCAACGACAAGCCAAGUGGGUGCGACAACCGCAGAUGCCUGAUGAUGCUGUGGGCAGACGCAUAGGCAUCCUGGGCUACGGAGCGAUUGGUCGACAGACCGCGCGACUCGCUCAGGCCAUGGGCAUGGACGUCCACGCCUACACGCUUCACCCAAAGGAUACACCCAAGGCGCGUCGCGACGCCACGUACGUGCCAGAGGGCCUGGGUGAUCCUGAGGGCCUGCUGCCUAGAAAGUGGUUCUCCGGCACCACCAAGGCAGACCUGCACGGCUUUCUAGGCUCAGAUCUUGAUCUUCUCGUCAUCGCGGUCCCGCUGACGCCCGUCACGAAGCACCUCAUCGGAAAGGAAGAGUUUGCCAUCCUGGGCAAAAAGAGGACCUUUGUGUCCAACAUUGCACGAGGACCCGUCGUGAAGACGGACGACUUGGUUGAGGCGCUCAACAGCGAGACCAUCCGUGGUGCGGCGCUAGACGUGACAGACCCAGAACCUCUGACCGACGGGCAUCCCUUGUGGAGUGCCAAGAACGUGAUCAUCACGCCGCACAUCAGCGGCAUGUCGUCCAAGCUGGCAGAGCGGGUCUUGGGCGUGCUGCAACAGAACCUGACGAACCUCAGCCAGGGGGCCGACCUGGUCAACAGGGUGAACCGGAAGGAGGGUUACUGA